CGUUCAUUUUUGAAGUGAUAAAAACGCAUGACAACAUCGAAGAAAGGAAUAUGAAAUAUAAGUUGCAAUAUUUCUAGUAAUCAAAUAUGUAAUAGAGUAUUAUCAAAUGCAUUUCCUUUCACUUUAAAUAUCUAUAUUAUUUUUAUAGCAUAUGUGUCGUCACUAAUGAUUAUUAUUUUUAUGGUGUAUCAAUACUGAAUUUACGAAAAAGGUAACGUUGUUACUUCGUUGCGAAGGUAUUCUUUAUUAUGUAUUAAUAGAUGAAAAAUCUAUCUCUCACUGUGUUUGCGUAGAACCGUUUUAAGUUGUAUUUCAAUACAAAUCCAACAAGUACAAUUGAAACGAUUAAAUCCUUUGUACAUGGAAUGAUUGCUUCGUUGCACCACUUUGUGAGGUUACGUUUCAACAAAUGACAGUAGCAUUCGGUUGAAUACAAAUCUGAUUUGAAGCGUAUGUGAAAAAAAUGCUAGAAGCGGCUGGGAUUAACGCAUCUUAGUACACUCUGACUGCAGCGAAUUCAAGUUUGAAUAUCUCCGAUAAAUGAAAAUUUAUGAAUGUGGUCACAGCGAGAUAUUUUGCGGGGGGUCCUUACUGGGGUUAUCGUGACCCAGGUAGACCGAAAAUCCUCCUUAACAGUAAGGUGCCUUUUCCACCAGCCACCACUGAUCAAUCUUUGUCAUUGGAACAAAAAGACGAAACAAUGGAACUUAGGGGCUUGUUCCCAAAUUCUUGCCAACAAUCUGGGCCUUUGGUACCUGAACCACAUAUAAAUGGAAACAGAAAAUCAAUCACUACGUUAUCAACAUUCAAUAAUGUAGGGUCUGAUAACUGUGGGUCUGUGCCUAGCGUACAAAAUAAUUUACGUUUGUCGAGAGGAUUUUAUACACGUUUACCGCCACUGAGUAAAUCUGGACAAUCGUCUGGGCAAAAUGUGACAAGUGAAUCAAAACAGCAAAGAGAAUCGGAGAAUAAGUUAAAUGCUUUAUUUGACCAAUAUAAGGAUCCACAUGAAGAUGUAAUUCUAGCAGAUGGAAUAGAAAGACUUUGCAAUGAUUUACAACUAUCACCGGAUGAGUUUCAAGUACUUGUGCUUGCUUGGAAACUAAAUGCUGAACAAAUGUGCCAAUUUACACGUCAAGAAUUUGUGACAGGUUUAAAAGCAAUGAAAGUAGACAGUAUACGUAGUAUACAAGCAAGACUACCAGAAAUUGUUCAAGACUUGUCAGUAAAUAGUGAUUUAUUCAAAGAUCUCUAUCGAUUUACGUUCCGAUUUGGUUUAGAUAUUAAUUCUGGUCAAAGAAUAUUACCAGCUGACAUGGCAAUCGUUCUAUGGAAGCUUGUUUUUACAUUACGUGAACCGCCACUUUUAUCCAGAUGGUUGAAAUUUCUUGAGUGCCAUCAUGUUAGAGGCAUACCCAGAGAUACAUGGAAUAUGUUUUUGAAUUUUGCUGAAAGCAUUGGUGAUGAUCUUGGUGCCUAUGAUGAUGCAGAAGCAUGGCCAAGUUUAUUUGAUGAUUUUGUGGAAUAUGAAAAUGAUCAAAUGAAUCAAAAUAUCAGUAAAGAUGAUAUCAUAAAAGAUGUUUCUAUUGAUAAAGCUUAAUAUUGAUGUUCUCAGUUUUCAUUGUGAUAAGGUAUUAUUAAUUUUCAUUUAAAUUCCAAACAAAACUAUUUAAACUUUUCUAACAAUGAAAAGGUAAUCAUUCUUCUGUAAGCUUUCCUUAUUAUUUCAUGUUGUUUAAUUUUAAUAUUGGCAUACAAAGUACCAA